AUGGGCUCCCGAUCGCGCGAUGUUCCCGAUGAAGAGCUCUUUAUGAGCCGGCCGCGGCCUGCCGAGGACUGCGACAGCCCUACGGUCGAACCGCUGAGGAUAUUCAAGCCGCAGAGCCCCGCCCCCGGCGAUAGGGUUUCGAAUCGGCCCAAGUACCCUGCUCCCCCGUCUUCGUCCUCGCCAGCCGGGUCGGCUUCUUCUCCAGCGUCCAAGGCGGGUAUCGCAUCUCUCCCGCCGCUCCCGUCCUUCCCGUUCGGCGCGUCGAGCUCUGCUGCCCCGUUGCCCUACCCCGACGACGACUCGACUCACCAAUCUAAGCCCCAGCCGUCCAAGCCCAGUUGGCUCCCUUAUCCUGAUGACGGGCCCAAGCCUUCUACUCCGGCAGGCAGGGUCUACAGCCCGCCGCCCAUUUCAUCGGGCUCCCCGGCGCAGAAAGACUCUUUUGCUCGGCCGACGGUGAACACCGGAGAGAAAAAGACAGGUCUUGCCGAACGGCGCGGGACGGCCCCUAAACCGUUGCAGAGCCCGGUCAGCCCCGCCGGCGGCGACGAGGACGACGCUGGGGGCCUCUUCGCCAAGCCCCUGAGGAACCCGGCGGCCCCUGUACCCAAGAUCUCGAACGCUUAUCAGCAGAAGCCCUACUAUCCCCCGCCCGGCGGCGCAAGUAGUAAUCUGGCACCGAGUAGUGGUCUGGCACCGCCCAUCGGCCGCUUCUCUUCCACCGCCUCCAACUCUACAACACGGGCAAGCCGGGGAUCGCCGCCGCCGCCCGAGACACCCAUCGUCGAACCGGGAACGAUACCUGGAGGAGGUAUCGAGGCACGUUAUGCCGCGGCAGGCAUCUCGGGCACUGCGACUCUCAACGGCCUCCAGGCUCCGAGCGCUGCGGCGCAAUCUAGGCUAGCACAGUAUGGCCACCAAGCCCCGGUUGCCUCAACUCCUCCUCAGCCCCGGCCAUGGACACCUACCGAAGCCCCAGGCCAGCAGCCGUUUGGCCCCCCUACGGUGUAUCAGGGUGACGACGUGGUAUCGGACCCAACGCCGCCACAACAGACGCCGGCUUUCAACCUUCCCCAGAAUCCCAACCCGGCCUCGCAUCCCUCGCAAACCCCGCAGGCACCCGCAGGAGGCGCCCUGCAGGUGAGCGUGCUGGAACAGGACUUUCAGCGAAUGCAGGCAUCGACUCCACCGCCUGCCUAUACCAGCGUCAACCCCAACGCGGGCUCAAAGUAUCCCAACGAGAAGCAGCGCCCUACCCAGCCUCAUCCGAGUUCGAGCGUGCCGAACAUCACCCCCGCCGCCACUCCGCCUGCCGCCGCCUCAAGCGCCCACCCCAUUGCUAGCCCCACCCCGAUUAGCGCUCCGACACCGCAGAAGCAGAAGCAGAGCCCACCCGUGGCCGCUGCCGCUGCCAUCCCCGCGCAUAAUGCCGGCCAUCCCGCCUUUGCCCAGGAGACCAAACCCGCCGCCGCACAGAAUGGGCAGCCGGCACUAACACACACCCCUUCGCUCCUGGCGGCGACUCAAUCGCCCCCUCCGCUACCCGAGGGCUGGAUCGCCCAUCUCGACCAGAACUCGGGCCAGUACUACUACAUCCACCUGGCGACGCAAGCUACCCAGUGGGAAUUCCCGAAGGGACCCACCCCUUUGAACCACCACGAUGUCGCCCCUCUGUCGCCUACGGCGUCGACCUACGGAAACCCCUUGGCGUCACCGCUUCUAGGCGGGGGUAAGGCAGGCCUUGCCUCGCCCAUGUUCCACCCCCAGGGCCAUCCUGGAUAUGCGGAGAGCAUCAUGAGCGUCUCGGCCUCUGUGGCCCCUUCUAUGGGAGGGUUCUCUGGGCCCCCUCCCACUGCGGGCGUUGACGUGUACAAGGUCAUGCCCACCAAUGGCGUGUACUUCGGGCCAUAUCUACGCUAUGUCAACAUGGACCUCGAGAGGGGCAUCUGGCACGGCAGCAUUCUGCUGGUUACCGACGGCCAGCAGCCCCCGACUAUCCAUCUCCACCUGAGCGUGGACCUCUCUCCGAACCCGCGUCAGCUUGUGCCGCAGAACAUCUACACACACCAGCGGUGGACCUUUUACAAGUACGACAUGGACCUCCAGAUGUCGGAACAGGGGACCGAGCGGUGGACAUACGCCGUGACUUCGCAUCUCGGGUGCACGAGGUACGAGUUUGUGGUUGCUGGCCGCUACGAGGUGGGAUGGCGCAUGAUCGCCCACUCGGGCAACGACUUUUCCCCGUCGACGAACCAAAAUGAGCGAGCCAAGCUCGGAGGCGUCGGGUUCAUGUGGAAAGACAUUCUGCAGAAGAACGUUGAGUGCGGCGGCUUCCAUGUUCAGCUUGGCCUGGGUGCCCAGAUCUACGGCGAUCGGCUCUGGAAGGAGGUGCCGCUGCUGAGGCAGUGGCUUGCGAUGCAGGGCAGAGAGAACCGCAAAAACGCCCCGUGGACGGCGAGGCACCAGGAGGAGGUCUCCCAUGCGUACUUCCACUACUACUCCAGCCACUUUGACCAGCCGUUUAUGCGCGAGGCGUUCGCCCAGAUCCCACACGUGUUGCAAGUUGAUGACCAUGAUAUCUUUGACGGGUUUGGCUCGUAUCCCGACUACAUGCAGUCCUCGGCCGUGUUUAAGGGCAUCGGUCGCAUCGCCAUCGACAUGUACUUGCUCUUCCAGCACCACACCACCGUCGAGAUCCUGCGCAACGUCAGCUCCGACAUGGACCUGUUCACCAUCACGGGCGCCGGCUGGCACUUCGUUAAGUACCUUGGUCCCGCUGUCGUUGUGGUUGGACCCGACUGCCGGUCGGAGCGCACACAGACGCGCGUCAUGGCUGGGCAGACGUACCAGGGGAUCUUCCCCAAGGUGGCCACGUUACCUCCCAGCGUGCAGCACUGCAUCUGGAUGCUGUCGGUGCCCGUCGUGUACCCCCGGCUCGAGACUGUUGAGACGCUAGCCAACACGUUCGCCACGGGUAAGAAGGCCGUCAACACAACGUACAAUAUCCUCGGCAAGGUGACCAGCUCGGUGGCGGGCGUGGUCGGCGGCAAGGAGAUGGUGCAGCACGGGUUCAAGGAAGUCAAGAAGGCCGUCGGUAAGACUGGCCUGAUGGGCAACGUGCUCAACCAAUUCGGCGAGUUCGACAUUGCCGAGGAGCUUAAGGAUCUCUGGACGCACGACUCCAAAGAUAUUGAGCGCACCUACCUCAUCCGCACCCUGCAAGGCAUCGCUCAGCAAAAGGGCAUCCGGAUGACUUUCCUCUCCGGCGACGUGAACUGCGCCGGCGCAGGCCUCGUGCACGACCCAUCGCACCCCUCAGACCACAAGACCAUGUACCAGGUGAUCGCCUCACCCGUCGUCGCCGCCCCCUGCUCCAACUACCUGCUCAAGAUGCUACACAACAACAAGCUGCUCUACGUACCCCAAAACGGCCACAAGUCCACGCACGAGGUCUCGGACACCAAGGAGGACAUGAUGGAGAUCUUCCACACGGACGCGUCGGGCGGCGCCCGCGAGUACAAGAAGCUCAUGGCCCGCCGCAACUAUGUCGCCAUCGUCGCGUACGACCCGGACGGCGCCGCUGCCGGCCAGGCCCAGCAGCAGCAACAGGGUGGGUAUGCGGCGAGUAUUGCGAGUAGUGGGGGGAAUUCGGGCGGGUUGAGUAAGUUGAGUCUGGCGGUGGAUUUUGUGGUGCAGGGGGAUGGAAUGUAUACGGGGACGACUAAAUAUGGGCCGGUGAUUGUGCCGCAUUUGGAGUAUGGGCAUUAG